AUGGCGGGUGUUGUUCCAACCGAAAUGUCCGCCAAUAGUCCAAGACGUACCGCCCAAUUUGCACGCAAUGCUCAAGGUGGAGCAAAUACGGAGAUGAAGACCGGAAUCCUCCAACUUGUUUAUGCAAAUCCAUUCACCGGAAUGGAUCAUGAGGAUCCUUUCGCACAUCUCACCAAAUUUUAUGAGAUUGCGAGUUCAACGGGAGUCGAUGCGGCCAAUGAAGAAUCAUUGUUCAAGAGACUAUUUCCACACUCAUUACUUGGGAAAGCCAAAGAAUGGCAACCUCCACCUCACAACAAUCCUUACCAAAGAAAUAACCAAGGAUUUCAACCUUCUAGAUUCAACAAUCAACACUAUCAACAUCAAAAUCCUUAUCAAAAUUCAAACCCUCAAGGUCAAGGUCAACAAUCUCAAGGUGGAAGCUCAAAGUUGGAAGACACUCUUACACAAUUCAUGCAAGCAUCCAUGGCUAAUCAAAGGAGUAAUGAAGCGGCCAUUAAGAAUUUAGAAAAUCAAGUGGGUCAACUUGCAAAGCAAUUGUCCGAGCAACAACCGGGAGCAUCCUUUUCCGCCAACACCCAAACCAAUCCAAAGGAGCAUUGCAAAGCCAUUUUUACAAGAAGUGGGAAGGAGGUGAAUAGUGGCGUAAAUGAAGAGGUUAUAGUGGAAGAUAAGGAGGAAAUAAUAGUUGAAGAUGAAGAGGAGGAAGUGACAGUUGAAAAUGAGGGAGAAAAGAGUGAGGAGAAAGUGGAGGAAGAAUUAGUUGAAAAAGAGCGGAAAGAAAAAGAAGGAAGAGAGAAAAAUGACAAAAAAGUGAAGAAGAAUAAAAAGAGAAAUGAGAAUAUGCUCACAAAGAAAAAGAAGUACACGGAUGAAGAGACGGUUGUGCUUGAUGCUCAUUGUAGUGCAAUUAUUCAAAAAACUCUCCCAAGAAAGGAAGUUGAUCCGGGACGAGUCAUUUUACCGAUCACCAUUGGAGGUAACUACAUUAGUAAUGGUUUGGUUGAUUUGGGGUCUAGCAUCAAUUUAAUACCUUUAUCCGUUGUCAAGAGAUUGGGGAACAUUGAGAUGAAACACACCAUGAUAACUUUGCAACUAGCCGAUAAGUCUAUCAUUUCACCAUAUGGAGUUGUACAAGACAUGCUGCCUCCUAAGGAUGAACAUGACAACUUUCGAAUCGAUGAUGAAAAAGGAGAAAUCAUUGAGGUGGCGAAUCAAUUUCACAAGGACAAGGAGAAGGCAAAUCAUGAGGGAAAGACUCAUCACAAAAACUUUGAAGUUGGACAAAUGGUGCUAGUGUGCAAUUCAAGACUCAAGGUGUUUCCUAGUAAAUUAAAGUCAAAGUGGUCGGGGCCAUUUGUUGUGAAAGAGGUGCGAAAUUAUGGAUUCAUUGUGGUGGAGGACCCUAAAACACAAGAAAGCUGGACUGUAAAGGAACAAAGACUCAAAGGCUACCACGAUGGAUAA